AUGCUGUCAUGUCGUCGUGUCGUUUCUCGCACACCUUAUGGUUGUCGCAGUUUCCAGCGCUCGGUGGGUAUCGUGGGGAUGCCCAAUGUCGGCAAAUCCACGCUAUUCAAUGCCUUGACCAAGACCGAAGUGGCUCAAGCUGCGAAUUAUCCCUUCUGUACCAUUGAUCCCAAUGUGGCGCGCGUGGCUGUGCCGGAUGACCGCGUCCGUCACUUGGCAGAGGUCGAAAAGUCCAAGCGAGUGAUUGAGACGCAGCUCGAGUUCGUGGACAUUGCUGGACUUGUGCGUGGAGCUUCGAAAGGCGAAGGACUUGGCAACAAGUUUCUGGACAACAUUCGGCAAGUGGCCGUGAUCGCUCACGUCGUGCGCUGCUUCGAGGACACGAAUAUCCUCCACGUCGAUGAGUCAGUCGAUCCGAUCCGGGACCUGGACACCAUUCGCACAGAACUGAUCCUUGCAGACUUACAGACAGUUGAGAAGCGCUUGAUGAACGCUGUCAAGAAGAAAAAAUCGACAGACCCGACGAUUUCGUCACUGCUAGAGGUUCUACAGCGUCUGCAGCCUCACUUGGAAGAUGGCCACCUCGCGAGCAGCCUGACGUUCGAAAAGCCGGACGAACAAGUGCAGUUCGAGCGUCUAGAGCUGCUAACGGCCAAGAAGACCCUCUACCUGUGCAAUGUGUCCGAAGACGACGCUGCUGCAGGCAACGAAAUGACGAGAGCUGUGCGGGACCGAGUUGAAGUAGAAGGAAGCCUGUGCUUGACAGUAUCUGGAUCACUAGAGGAAGCAGCAGCGUCGUUCGAGGAUGACGAGAGUCAACUCGAGUACCUCAACGAGAGCGGCUUGAUGGAGACGGGAUUGACACAAGUCAUUCGAGCGAGUCAGGAGCUCCUCCAGCUACAGACGUACUACUCGGUUGGCGAGAAAGAAGCGCGUGCGUGGAAUGUGCUCGCGGGCUCGACAGCCGCAGUUGCCGCUGGGGUGAUCCACUCGGAUUUUGAAAAGCUGCUCAUUCGGGCCGAGACUGUCAAUUACCACGACUUUGUCCGCGCUGGCAGCAUGCGCGCAGCUAAAGAGCAGGGGUUCCUGCGUGCAGAAGGCAAAGACUACAUUUGUCAGGACGGCGACAUCUUCAACUUCCUCGUCGGCAAGUAG